UUGGAUGCUCUGAAGACGCAAAGAAGCACAGUGAAGGGAAAACUAACACGCCUAUUCAACUUCGUGCAAAACUGCAAUCCCCAAGUAAACAACGCCCAUGAGCUAAAGGCGCGGCAAGCGGAGAUGGAAAAAAUUGUCUGCAAAUUUGAGGACUUACAAAAGGCGAUCAAAUUGUUGGACGCUGAUCCAGAACGAGCUGAAGCUCAUGAGCAAGAACGUACUGUUUUCGAAGAAAAAUACUUUUCUACCAAAGCGCAAAUUGAUGCUUUACUAGCGCCUGCGACUACAUUGCGAUCGUCAUUCGGGCACGAUCCGUUGUGCACGACAAUGUGUAACGAUACCUGCACUUCCAGGAAACCUCGCGUAAAAUUACCACAAUUAGAACUCCCUAGAUACGAUGGGGACAUUCGACAAUGGCCUGCGUUUAAAAACAUUUUUAUGGCUUCUGUAGACGGCACUGAUCUACCCGUUGUCAACAAACUACAGUAUCUAAAGUCAGCCCUAAUUGGAGAAGCAGCGGGGCUCAUAUCUUCAUCACUCAUCACUGAGGAAAAUUAUGUGAAAGCUUUGGAAAUCCUUACUAAAAGAUGA